CACAUAGGCGGCGUGGGAGGCAUCGUGAAGCGGAGGGAGGGGUUGAGAAAUGAUGAGGUCUGGAUCAAGCAGGACGGGGCCCGGGAAUGAGGGAAGCUCUCGAGCGAGACUCGCAUGAGUGCCAGCGGAUGGCAGCACCGCAGACGGGACAUGCCGAUUUGCUAUUUUCCCUAUCACUUUGUUCGCUCUCCCAUUGUUUGGAGCUUUUUGGGCCGCUGCUGCCGUUAGCCCGCCCCUUUUCUCGCUUCCGUGUCGCUAGCAGCCCGACCGAACCAUUUGAUGCAUCGUGCCGGCUCACAUUCAAAGGCGACAUUGCCGGCACGUCUCAUUCUGUCCCGGGCUCUUCCCGUUGCGACCAGAACUUCCAGGUUGCGCCUUCCCCUCUCUUCCGGCCCAAGCUUGGUCCCCAGGUUCCUCUCCCCUUCUGCUCCCCCUUCGCUCUCCAAAGUCUUCCUGCGCAUCUCUCCAUCACCACCCUCUCUGGUGCGCUCCACGCACCCAAGCACCCGCACACACUGCCGUCCGGCGGUACAGGGCAGAUCGUGCUGCUCCAGCCAACCCGCACGCGACGUUUGGAACACGCUGCAAAGCUCCGCAGCAGCUCGCUGAUCCUCCGUCGCCCUGAGCUGACAAACCCUUGGAAGCUUGCCUGCCCGUUAUUGACUGAUCUUACCUGCACCAUUUCCCGACUGCCAAAAAGGAACAAAAUGUCUUCAUCCAGUGCUCUCCGCCUCUUAUCCGCAUUAUGACCAUGCUGCGCGUCUGCUGAUCACCACGAGCCCCGAGUUUCCGGGACCGCUUCCUCACCUCACCUCACCGCAGCAGCGCCAAGCCGAGUCUUAGCUCACUUUCGCUGUCUCGUUUCCCCGCUAAAUUUC